AUGACCAGGAUUCAAAAAAAAGAACGAACUAUGAAACCUGGACGUGAGACGAAGCUGAACGACCAGGAUUCAAAAAAAAGAACGAACUAUGGACAAGGACCAGAUCCAAACCAGAUUCGGAUCAGAUUCAAAUCGGAUUCAAAUGGAUCUGAACCAGAUUCAGAUCAAAUUGAACCAGAUCUGAUCGGAUUUGGAUCAGAUCAGAUCUAUUAA